AUGGCCGCCGCGGGAGCGGCCGGAGCGGCCCCGGCAGGGCCGCCCAGCGCCACUUCCGGCCUCACUUCCGGCCUCACUUCCGGCGCCACUUCCGGCGCCACUUCCGGCAUCUCGGCGGCGGCGGGAGCGGGACGGGCCCGCGUGGGAGCGGCAAAAAAAAAAAAAAAAACCCAACUCACAAAAUCACCCCAAUUUUUAAAUUCUUCAUUUUGGGGGGUACAAAACUUGGAGGAAUCCCUAAAAAAGCUCAAAAAAAACCCCAAAAAAUCCAAUUUUUUCCCCACAGAGGGCAAAGGGCAGCGGGAGAAGCUGGAGCUGGUGGCCUCGUUCUCGUUUUUUGGGAAUGUGAUGUCCAUGGCCAGUGUCCAGCUGGCCGGAGCCAAGAGGGACGCGCUGCUCCUCAGCUUCAAGGAUGCCAAGCUCUCGGUGGUGGAGUACGACCCCGGCACCCACGACCUCAAGACUCUGUCCCUGCACUACUUCGAGGAGCCGGAGCUGCGGGACGGCUUCGUGCAGAACGUGCACACGCCCCGCGUGCGCGUGGACCCCGACGGGCGCUGCGCGGUGAUGCUGAUCUACGGCACGCGCCUGGUGGUGCUGCCCUUCCGCCGCGACUCGCUGGCCGACGAGCACGAGGGGCUGGUGGGAGAGGGGCAGAAGUCGAGUUUCCUGCCCAGCUACAUCAUCGACGUGCGGGAGCUGGACGAGAAGCUGCUCAACAUCAUCGACAUGCAGUUCCUGCAUGGCUACUACGAGCCCACCCUGCUGAUCCUCUUCGAGCCCAACCAGACCUGGCCCGGGUCAGAGGGCGUGAGGAUCACUCUGGACUGUGCCCAGGCCACCUUCAUCUCCUAUGACAAGAUGGUCAUCUCACUCAAGGGGGGCGAGAUCUACGUGCUGACGCUGAUCACAGAUGGGAUGCGCUCCGUGCGCUCCUUCCACUUCGACAAAGCGGCCGCCUCCGUCCUCACCACCUGUAUGGUCCCUCUGGAGCCGGGUUAUCUGUUCCUGGGGUCCCGCCUGGGCAACUCCCUCCUGCUCAGGUACACGGAGAAGCUGCAGGAGCCCCCGGCCGGGCGCAGCAUCCGGCCGCAGGUUGUGACCACCUUCGAGCUGCCCGGCUGUUACGACAUGUGGACGGUCACCGCGCCCCCCCCGCGGGAACAGCCCGAGGUGGCCCCGGGGACCAGCGCGGAGCCCGAGGCGGCGACGGCGGCUCCGGAAACUUCUGAGGAGGACGAGGAACGGCACGGCUUCCUCAUCCUGAGCCGCGAGGACUCCACCAUGAUCCUGCAGACGGGCCAGGAGAUCCUGGAGCUGGACACGAGCGGCUUCGCCACGCAGGGCCCGACCGGACACACCUGGGGCAUUGGGGACACCUGGGGCCAGGGCCAGUUCAUCGUGCAGGUGUCACCGCUGGGGCUGCGGCUGCUGCAGGGCGUGACCCAGCUGCACUUUGUCCCCGUGGACCUGGGCUCGCCCAUCGUGCACUGCGCCGUGGCCGAUCCCUUCGGGGUGCUGCUCAGCGCCGACGGCCACCUGGCCACCUUCACCCUCAAGGGGGACACCUACGGCGGCCGCGCCCCGCGCCUGGCGCUGCUGCGGCCCCCGGUGGCACACUCCUCGCGGGUGACAGCGCUCUGCCUGUACCGGGACCUUUCCGGAAUGUUCACCACCGAGAGCCGCGCCCCCCGCGAGGAGCCCCCGCCCCGCCCCCACGCCGAGGCCGAGACCCUCAUCCAGGACCUCAGCGGCUCGGUGGAUGACGAGGAGGAGAUGCUGUACGGGGACUCGGGGGGCUCGGGCCGCUCGCCGCCCCGGGAGGAGCCGCGGCGGGCGGGACCCCCCGAGCGCGAGCCGGCCCCGCUCCGGCCCGAGCCCUCGCACUGGUGCGUGCUGGCCCGGGAGAACGGCCACAUGGAGAUCUCCCAGGUUCCUGAGUGGUGCCUGGUGUUCCUGGUGAAGAACUUCCCAGCAGGGCAGCGGGUGCUGGUGGAUUCCUCCUUUGGGCAGCCCCAGUUCCCAUUUCCCCCCAGAAUUCCUGGUGUUUACCCCUGGAAUUCCCAUUUUCCAAUUGUUGUUUUCCUGCUGGAAUUCCCAUUGUUUCCCCUCUGGAAUCCCCAUUGUUUUCCUCACAGAAUUCCCAUUGUUUUCCUCUCAGAAUUCCCAUUCCUCUCCCCCACCAAUAACUCCCAUUGUUCUCCCUGUGUGAUUUUUGUUUUCCCAUCAUCAUUCCCACCAUUUUCCCCGUGGAAUUCCCACUGUUCUCCUGUCACAAUUCCCAUCAUUUUCCUGCAGGAAUUCCCAUCAUUUUCCCAUCACAAUUCCCAUAGUUUUCCUACCAGAAUUCCCAUUUUCAGUUGCUCUUUUCUUGCUGCCAUUCCCAUUUCCCUCGAUCUGGGGGGAUUUUCGGGGGGUCCCCGGCAGGAUCUGGGGGGAUUUUCGGGGGUCCCCGGCAGGAUCCGGGGGUCCCUCAGCCCCGCCUCCGCCCAGGUGCCGCACGGGAUCAAUUUUCGGGAGAAGAAGCCGCGGCCGUCGCGGAAGAAGCCGGAGGGGCCGGCGGCCGGGGGGGCCGCGGGCGGGACCCCCGAGGAGCCGGGGGGGCCCCGGGGCCGCGUGGCGCGCUUCCGCCCCUUCCACGACAUCUACGGCUACUCGGGGGUGUUCAUCUGCGGCCCCUCCCCGCACUGGGUGCUGCUGACGGGCCGGGGGGCGCUGGGUGUCCCCUCCCCCCAGGUGUACGCGGUGGCCACCAGCUCCCCCCACCCCUGCACGCGCAUCCCCCGCAUGACGGGCGAGGAGAAGGAGUUCGAGAGCAUCGAGAGAGACGAGCGCUACGUCCCCCCGCAGCAGGAGGCCUUCAGCAUCCAGCUCAUCUCGCCUGUCAGCUGGGAGGCCAUCCCCAACACCAGCUGGGAGGACAACGAGCUGACGGGCAUGGCCUUCAUCGACACGCAGCUCUACAUCCACCAGAUGAUCAGCGUCAAGAGCUUCAUCCUGGCCGCCGACCUGAUGAAGAGCAUCUCGCUGCUGCGCUACCAGGAGGAGAGCAAGACCCUGUCCCUCGUCAGCCGGGACGCCAAGCCACUGGAGGUCUACAGCGUGGACUUCAUGGUGGACGUGUCGGACCGAGACCGGAACCUGCUGGUCUACAUGUACCUGCCUGAAGCCAAGGAGUCCUUCGGGGGGCUGCGGCUGCUGCGCCGCGCCGACUUCCACGUGGGGGCGCACGUGAACACGUUCUGGCGCACGCCGUGCCGCGGGCACGCCGAGGGGCCCAACCGGCGCUCCAGCACCUGGGAGAACAAGCACAUCACCUGGUUCGCGACGCUGGACGGGGGCCUGGGGCUGCUGCUGCCGAUGCAGGAGAAAACCUACCGCAGGCUGCUGAUGCUGCAGAACGCGCUCAGCUCCGCCCUGCCGCACCUGGCCGGGCUCAACCCGCGGGCAUUCAGGCUGCUGCAGUCGGAGCGGCGCCUGCUGCAGAACGCCGUGCGGAACGUUCUGGACGGGGAGCUGCUGGCCAGGUUCCUCUACCUGAGCGCCAUGGAGCGCGGCGAGCUGGCCAAGAAGAUCGGCACCACACCUGACAUCAUCCUGGACGACCUCCUGGAGAUCGACCGAGUCACCGCCCACUUCUGAGGGACCCAAAACCCCCAAAAAUCACCCCAAAAAAAUCCCCCAAAAAUCCCCAAA